CGCACGUGUUAGUUUGGCCCCUUCCGCGAGCAGGACUUACGAAGUAAGCUAUGUCGUCGGUCGGAGCUGAAAGUGUGAGUCCCAAUUUUCACCCCAAGCCACCUGGUAGCUCGGGGUUUGUGGAGCGAGUGCUCGCCAUUCCUCUCGUCAGCUUUGUCGUCACCCUAUAUGGCAUCAUCAAGAGAAAGAGUCCCUUGCUUGACAGAGUUUUGAGUCGAGGCGAGCGAGUUUUCUUCAUUGUCAAGAGGCGCGUUUCAUCCUUGACUCGGGACUUGCCGUUCAAGUUGAGGUCGAAGAUAAUCGUGCCAAGGGUUGACACACUUUAUGCUGCAGCUGUAGUGAAAGUAACACAGACCUGGUCCACUGUAAUUGUGACGUCAAGAAAGAUGCUGCACCGUGGGAAGCGUCGUGUGAGAGGUUUUGUCCAGAGGAAGAUCGGUAUCGUGCUGUGUUCCCUGCCCGGUCAGGUGGUCAUGUGGUCAUUAGAUCGAGCUUGUGGAGUGAGUGAGGCAGUGCUGUUCUUGGUGAGACCAGACUUGAGGAAGAACAGACAGAUAGAGGCAAAGAGCGGACAGAAUGGAACUAGCACUGUCAUAAGCAAGCAUCACAUUGAGAAACUUGAGAGAGGCAAUGCCAAGGGCACAUUGUUCAGAAUACUUGUUGUCUUUACCAAACCACUUGAAUUUCUGGUUUAUAUAAUGCAAGGUGUCCAGUCGUACCUCCAUCACUUAGCAGAUACAACUGACCACUCAAAGAAGAAUGGCUGCCUGUCUCCGGAAAAGCAGACUGAAAUACAGUCUAGGAGAAAGGUGUCGCCACGUAAGAAGAUAAAAACUGGAUUAGUAAGCAAGUUUGAGAGGACUAUAAACUACUUUGGCCUGGCAGAACUGAUGCCUGGACUGAGGCGCAAGUUUCAUAUAGAUAUCAGCGGACACAGCAAAGGACAGUUGGUGACAAGUCCCAACAAGGCAGAGGAUGAGGAGAAGAAGCGCAAAUACGAAGACAUUCUGUCAGAGUCGGAAUCUGAUUCCGAGACUGAAGACCUCAACAACAUGGACCUUGACAAGUAUGUCAGUGAUGAGGACCCAGAUUUUAAGCCCAAUCAGAGUGGAAACAGCACAGACAGUGAGGAGUACCGAGAGGGGGAUACAGAGAGUGACAUUGAGUUCGAGACUACUCUUGGCGGCACCAUCCAGGUGAAAACCCGAACCAAGUCUCAGUCUUCUAAAAGCAGUGUCAAAGAUGGAGGCAAAGAAAACAAGCCCGACACCGCUAAAGGCGUCGACUCCUCUCGUGCCAAAGAACAGACUAAAGCCUCUCCGCUUAAAGCUGCACAAGUUUCUGUCCGAUCUCCCCCGAAAUCCACCAGCAAGCCCACAGCUCUCAAGUGCAGCACGCCCAAACACACCGCCGGUAAAGAAAACUCUGCUCCUCAAGAAUCCAAGCCUAAUGUGUCCUCAGGACCUAAAAAGGCCACAGACUCUAAAUCUGCACCCACUGAAGCUGGAGAUAAGAAGCCAGAUCAAAAGAAUAAUCAAGUGGCGAAUGGAGAUAAAAAAUCGGAAACCAAAACCCCCACAAAUGGUAGUAAAAAGGUCACCAACGGGGACAAGAAGUAAAAGGAGAAAGGUACUAACCCUGAUGACCCGACAGCCAAUGAUUGAUCAGAACUGCAACUUUAGAGAUGAGAUUGAUCGAAAUCGAGUUGCUCAAUCUCGUUUUCGCAGCCUCCAGGAGAAGUGUGCAUGUGCCUGUUGCCCUGUGAGCUGAGCAGGAAGUGCUAUGUCUACGUCUAUACCAACAGCUGCAUGAUCCAUGCAUCUGUACAUACAGGAAACCUUUCAUCUAAAUGUGACAUAAAACAAACUGUUAUGUAAGA